AAUCAUGCAUCGAGAAUUAACCAAGAUUAUUGAAUAAACAACGUCAGUGUUGUAAAGGUGUUUGAAAUCGUAUUUUUGUGCAUUUAAAAGUUAUUAUUUGUUGCGAAUUAUACUGUCGUGUUAACUUAGUCAUUAUGAGUAAACGAAUAAAGGACUGCUGUUUACAAGGAUGCACGAAUAAGCAAGCGAUAAGACAUUCCAUUCCUACGAAUUGAGACGUUUGCAAAAUUAGGUUGCAAAUAGUAAAUAAACCCAAGUUAAUGCUUGCAGAUACAAUAUUAUCGUCACAUAGAAUAUUUGAACCAAUUUGUAGAAACCCCAAUGGCAGGUUUACCUGAUUUUCAUAGAUUGUUCUAGAAAAAAAAUUGAAUUAAGCUUGUAUACUUUUGUCACGUUAUAGUUGUCACGUUAAAUUUCACUGUGUAAGUAAACUUCAUUAAUCAUUUCAAUUUAAUUUUCGUUUCCCAACAUUACGUCAUUAUCAGUUAAUCUCGAAUUCAUCACACUACCAUCAAAACUUUGCGGUUUUUAGUUCAAAAAUGGCAUUAAUGCUUGCAAGUAAAUUAUGCAGAGCAUCUGCUGUUUCGAAAACGCUUUUCGUAAAACAGCAACCCAACAAAAUAACAGUUUAUAGAACAUUCUCUGAAGGUAAAGAUGCCGCAACGAGAGCCGCACGAAGACAGGUUGGCGUUAAGGAAAAACUCAUGCAACCAGCUGGAGAAACCGCUUUUAAUAUAGGUAAAGGAGCAUUAGCUGGAGCUUCCGCGCUCGGAAUAGGCGCACUAGCUUUCUAUGGAAUAGGAUUGGGGAAAGAAGCCGGAGCUUUCGAAAAACAACAUUUAUGGCCGCAAUACGUGAAAGAUCGUAUUAAAACAACUUAUAUGUAUUUUGGUGGUUCUAUCGUGGUUACCGCGGCUAGCGCCUUGGCAGCCGUCAGAUCUCCAUUUAUUAUGAACAUUGUAAUGAAAAACGGUUUUAUGGGAAUGGCGAUUAGUUUAGCAGCAAUUAUGGGUACCGGUAUAUUAGCGCAAAGUUUACCUUAUAAAGAAGGUUUCGGUGCUAAACAAAUGGCUUGGUUGCUGCAUGUAGGUACAAUGGGAGCUAUGGUAGCCCCCCUAUGCUUCCUCGGAGGUCCUUUAUUAAUCAGAGCAGCAUGGUAUACAGCUGGAGUCGUUGGUGGACUCAGUACAAUCGCCGUUUGUGCCCCGAGUGAGCAGUUCUUAUACAUGGGCGGACCGUUGGCGAUGGGUUUGGGCGUGGUGUUUGUUUCAUCGAUUGGAUCGAUGUUCUUUGCCCCUACGACCGCUUUAGGCGCUGGUUUAUAUUCCAUUAGUUUAUAUGGAGGUUUGAUUCUCUUUUCGGGUUUCUUGCUUUACGAUACACAGAGAAUCAUCGCUCAGGCCGAGAGAUAUCCUACUACCCCCGGUUUUUACGACGUCAGGCCUUAUGAUCCCAUUAACGCUUCCAUUGGAAUUUAUUUGGAUACGUUGAACAUCUUCAUCAGGAUAGCGACCAUCUUGGCAGGUGGAGGUCAAAACAAAAGGAAGUAGAUUUAUUUUUGAAAUAUUGUUAAUGUUGAUCGAAUAAAUUUUUUUUUUCAAUUUUUUUCGAAAAUAAAGGAAUAAGAGCUGUGACUAUAUAUAUAUAUAUAUAUAUCUAUAUCUCCUGUGUAAAUAUGUAGUUUUAAGGUUAGGUACGAGAAAUAAAAUUAUCCAUUAGUCAUUAUAUUUAAUGAUAUUUUUAUUUAAGCCUUUUUUUGUAUUCACAAUUAUCGAGUUUUUAUUUAUAAUUACAAUAAAUAACACUUUUGUCAGCACUAAUC